AUGGUUACUCGUGCUAAAGAUGGUAUUCAUAAACCUAACCCUCGUUAUGCUCAUCAUGCUUUAUUUGCGGAUUCUACUAAUGCUCUUAUUGAGCCUACUUCUUUCAGUCAAUCUAAUACACAGAUUGAAUGGCGGCGUGCUAUGGCGGAUGAGUUCAAUGCCUUGCAAUGUGCUGGCACGUGGGUGUUGGUGCCACCCACUUCUCACAUGAAGAUUUUGCCAAAUAAAUGGGUUUUUCAUAUUAAACACAAUUCUGAUGGGUCGAUUCAACAUUACAAAGCUCAUCUGGUGGCUAAUGGGUUUCAUCAGCAAGAGGGCAUGGACUAUGGUGAAACUUUUAGCCCUGUUGUAAAUCACUCUACCAUUCGCCUUAUCUUGGCACUCUCUGUCCAAUUUAAUUGGGUUGUGAUUCAGUUGGAUGUUCAGAAUGCCUUUCUUUAUGAGUAUCUCUCCGAAGAUGUGUUUAUGAAGCAGCCCACUAGUUUUGUGGACCCCCAGUCUCCUCAUCAUGUCUGCCAAUUAAAACAUUCUCUUUAUGGGCUCAAGCAAGCUCCCUACGCCUAG